AUGGCUUCUAUUGAUGAUGAAAGUGGUUCGUCUAGUAAGAAAACAGUUGGUAAACGUGGUGUGACCCGAUUGCAAAAAAUUCACAAAGCCAAAAGCAAUGGAAAGAGAAUUGAGGUUCAAUGGAAUUCCAGAGGUCAACCAAUCAAGCAUAAUAGCAAGACUUUUGCUAGUUUCAUUGGUGUCACAGUUCGUCGGUUAGUUCCAAUAAGCUUGGACAAUUGGAGCGCGAAAAAAAAUAAAGAGGCUGUGGGGGUUUAUAAACAAAACAUUUGGGAUGAAAUUGAAAAAGCUUUUAUAAUUGGCGAGGAACAUCGUGCCUUUGUAUAUAGAGAAGCUGGAAAGUUGCACAGGGCAUUCAGAACAAAAAUGGCGAGGUCAUAUCUAAAAGAUAGUAAGGGUGGUUUUGUUAAACAUCGUCCGGCCAAAUAUUCUUUUUGUAUAAAACAAGAUGAUUGGGAUAAAUUUGUAACCCAACAUAUGACUGCAAAGUUUCAGAAAGUUAGUGAUGAGAAUCGAGAAAGAGCGUUAAAUCCUCAACAUCCCUAUAGAAAGUCACGUUUAGGGUGUGCUCGUCUUGAAGCUGAUAUGGUAGAAGAGUCAGAAGUUGGUGAGAUAAACCGUAGUCAAGUGUGGAAGGCUGCCCGCGUCAAUAAGAGCGGGGUGAUUGAUAAUGAGAAUGUUCAAAGAGUUGUGGAUCAAUGUGAGAAGUUAACAGAAGCUCUAUCUGAAGAAGAGAGACAAGACCUUGGUCCCACAAACAUAUUAUUUGAGGCUCUUAAUCUCCCAAACUACUCUGGACGUGUUAGGACUUAUGGUUUUGGGGUUAAUAUCGAAGUUGCUAUUGUGCCAAAUGCCCCAUUUCCUAUAUCUGUUGAAGAUGGAGAUGUAUCCAUGGUUGGUCAAGCAAUAGGAACAAUUGUGCCAUGGCCAACGAAACUUCUUGAAUUUGUUGCUGAAUGUGAAAAGAUUCCUGGUCAAUCCCAAAACAAAGAGAGUAUAAAGGAGAUUCUUGAUCAUAAUUGGUUAAGUGCAUCUAUUAUCACUGUAUUUUCCAGGUAUUUGUAUGACAAGUUUAUUAGUCCAAAUGGAUUAAUAAAUAAGUUCUCUUUCAUAUCUCCACAUGUAUUACGGGAGGAUAAUCUAGGAAAUGGUAUAGCAAAAAUACUUUUGAAAGAUGAGGAGUUCAAGGAUAAGAUGAUUCUUGCACCUUGUAAUCUAGGGAAACAUUGGGUGUUGCUUGUCAUCAAUCUCAAUGCUGAGGUGAUAUAUUACAUGGAUCCGUUGAAUGGUGAGCCAACAAAACAUCAAAAUUUUAAAACAAAGUUUGAGAACGCUUUGCAAAUUUAUCGUGCUAAUAGUAGUUCUAAAGUGCCUAAAGUGUCAAAGUCAAAGAAAAUCUCAUGGAAAAAAAUAAAGUGUCCUCGUCAAAUUAAUGGCGUUGAUUGUGGAUACUUUGUAAUGCGAUUUAUGAAAGAGGUCAUCAUGGAAAAUGAAUUUAUGAUCCCCACAAAUUACUUUUUUGACCACAAAUGUCGUACCUACUCUCAUGAUAAGUUAACUGAGGUUAAGGAGGAUUGGGCUACUUAUGUGGUGGAUGAUGUUUUCGAUGUUUAA